UUUUUGAAUCAAUAAGAUGAAAAAAGUUCUUCUAUAAAAGGAGAUCGCUUAGAAUAGCAGCUUAUCAAUAUUAUUGAAAUUUCUGGUCGAUUUCAUCACAAUGAAGUUUCUAGCUUUAUUGCUAGUUUGCUGUUUAGCGCAGGAUAUUAACGGUGCUACCAUAACCACCGUUGGUAAAUUACUGGGUACGAUUCAAAAGCAAAUGGACGCAGUGCUAGCCGACAAACAAAAACAAGCUAACGCCGCAGCAGGAACUACAGUCAAACUUCCAACUGCACCCAAGGUGCCUACUCCGGCCAAUCCGGAUCAAGUGAUUGUCAAUCCUCCCAAAGUUCCACUACCAAAUCCAAAAUGCGAUUUGAAGGGAUUGACUGCACUGUUGAAAGCAUUGUUUGGAAGAGUCAGAGGAUCAUGCUCCAAUGUCAAAAAGAGUAAGGGCCCACUUGCAGGCCAGUGUAUGACAGCCAAAGCGAACAUGACAGCCGAGUUCAAAUUGUUCUUUACUGUGACCGAACAAAUUUCCUACGAGUUUCCAAGUUGUUCAGAAAAAGUUGAUCCGGUAAUUAAAGGCUUCGUAUCAAAUGCUGAAAAGAUAUUCGAUUCCCUCAGUGCAGCAUCGACUGCAGGAGAAACUAAAAAGUGUGGAAAAGAUAUCGACGUGUCUGUGAAAAACUUGGCGAUAUUACUUAAAGCGCUCUUUGAUGUGCUGAAUGCCGUUAUAGGAUCUGCAAAACCAGCAGCCGGAACAAACGCCGCAGACGCAGUAGCAACAUCAGAAGUAUUCUUGAGCAACAUUUUACUUAAUGUGAAGACUAUUCUUGACUUGGUGGCUUCUGCUUCAGUAGAAUUAUCUUUGGAAGCCAGUCAAAUUACAAAGACGUUAAGUGAAACCGUUGAGGCAUUAAGUACUAAGGUUGCGGGUGGAAAUGUCAAGAUACUCGGAAGUGUUUGCAUCGAGUUUUCUGCUAAUCUGACUGUCAUAAUAAACAGCGUAAGUUCAGUUGAUAUAGAAGCGUUAACUGAAGAAUGCGGCACUAUCGAAACGGAACUCGGUGAAUUGACGGAUUCAGCAUCUGAAAUAGAAGUUGAUUCAGGUGCCGAUGGAGCUGAAACUCCAAGUGAAACUCCAGGCGAAACUCCAAGUGAAACUCCUGGCGAAACUCCAAGUGAAACCCCAGGCGAAACUCCAGGCGAAACUCCAGGUGAAACACCAGGUGAAACACCAGGUGAAACAACUGAGAAACCUUCAGCCAUGGAACUUCUCAUAAAAAUAACAGCAAAAAUCAAUUUAUCCAUUACAAGCAUUACAAAAUCUUGUGCUCCGUUAAAAACGGAUGUUCCCGCUAUGGGUGGAAAAGUAGAUGCUUCACUAAGUAGUGUUGGUGCCGCACUCACUAGUCUUCUGUCCAUUGUACAGUCAUCAGAAAGUUCAUCGGUUAUUGACUUGUCAACACGAAUUGAUGCUGGUAUUGCAGCUUAUGUGAAAUCAUUGACAGAAUUCUUAAACUUAUUGACUAGCCUCAUCGAAUCAUUGUCUACAGACACCUCUGUAGCAGCGACGACUGCUACUGCUGCACUUGAAGUAAUUAGAAAAACAAUUGUUUCCAUUUCAAUCAAAGUAGUAACAGCAGCUUCAGUUGUUGUUGAAAAAUUAGACCUUUUCGUUACUGUAACUUUCGAUGCAGUCGUUGCAGCACUUGGUGAAAUUAAUGUGGAAAGUGUAGAUUCCAAAAAAAUUGUCACGGAUUUAACUGAAAUCACAUCGCCAACGGAAGUGAAUGCUGAAUCUUGUACGAAAGUUGUUGAACGACUAGGCGAAUGCACGACCGAAGCUGUGGGUGAGAUUAAAUCGAAAGAUUCCGGAAAGUUUGAGUCACGCAUUUCAUUCAUAUUCAAUGCAUUCGGCUACACCUUGCAAAAGCUAAAAGUACCAAAAGUUUGUACUGGUACCACCAGCUUGCAGACAAGCUUUAGCGUUUUAAUCAAAGAAAUUUUUGCGACCUUAUCCUGCGUCGAGGCCAGUAAAGCAGGAAGUGGAUCUACACAAGGCGAAUCUACCGGGGGUAGCGCAGCAGAAGAUGAAUCUUCAAAUGGAAGCGGAGCAGAUGGUGAAUCGGAUGGAAGCGAGGCUGCUGAUGAUGGAUCAGGAUCUUCUGUAGAAAGCGGUGACAAGAAAUGUGACUGCAAGGACGUUGCUCCAGAUCGUUUCAAACUCGUUUUUGCAGCGAUACUAAGCAUCGUGGACGCAUCAAAAUCCGUUACAACUGACACAUCAUUGGAUCCAAAGGUAUUGGAAAUGUUCCAGCUGAUUUUGAAAAAAUUACUGACAACAGUAACAGAAGUCUUAACUGGACUCUCUACGGCUGUUUCCGAGCAAUCCAUAGAUGUGUCAAUUCUGCUUUCGCUUGGAGUCGAAAUCUUAACGAAAGCCACGAGUGAGGCCGAAAUUAACUUCGAAACUCUGACCACUGACGUAGAUGGUUUGCUAUGUUACGGUACAACCGUUGAUACAGCCAAACCUGCUCUGGAUGCCGUUAAGGAAACCGAAACUAAAAUCAGUGAAACAGAACCGGCAGAAGGAGAAGUCGAAGCUACCUUCUCCGAACUAUCAACGAGCGUGUCAGCCGCUUUUACCAUACUAAGCAAAGCCGUCACAUCAUAUACUAAAUAUUACACCACCCCAGUAGAUCCCGUCGGUAAAGCUGUUACAAAAAUAUCUUCAACAAUUACCGCUUUUAUUCGUAACGUAACCACGACGACCGAUGUAAGCGUAGUCUUACAAGAUUUCCUUGCUCAAAUUAGUUUGGCCCUUAUUGAAUUGAUUGAUUCGUACACUCUGUGUGCAUCUAGUACUGAAUUAGAUCCAAAAGGUUAUAACGCACAGUUUGCUCUUAACUACGUCGUCAAGUCAACUAUAACCAUAAUUAACUCACUUUUCAUUAGCUUCAAGGUGUACAUAGUUGAUAUUCCAACAGAAUGUACAGAGUUUUACAAGGGGGUAUCUGACGCUGUCAGUGCUGAUGUGAGCAGUCCAGACGCUGAUCCAAGUGAGCUGGGAGGAAAAGUGAAAGAAGUAUGCGGCAAAUAUAAUAAGGACAACGGCGAUAGUGAUGAAAGCGGAGGCGAUAGUGGGGAAGAUGGUGGAAGUGGAGGCGACAGCGGCGCAGAUACUGGAAGCGGCGCAGAUACUGGAAGUGGCGCAGAUACUGGAAGUGGCGCAGAUACUGGAAGUGGCGCAGAUACUGGAAGUGGCGCAGAUACUGGAAGUGGCGCAGACACAGAUACAGGAAGUGGCGCAGAUACAGGAAGUGGCGCAGACACAGAUACAGGAAGUGGCGCAGAUACAGGAAGUGGCGCAGAUACAGGAAGUGGCACAGAUACAGGAAGUGGCACAGAUACAGGAAGUGGCGCAGAUACAGGAAGUGGCACAGAUACAGAAGAAUAAUGUGAAUUAUUAAAAUCAAGAAAGUACACUUCUUUGUAAGUGCAAACAUCUGAAACUGACCCAAUAAACGUAUUUGUUGUUC